GUACACUUCCGUUGUACUGACCUUUGCCUGAGACGAAUGUAAAAUAGCACAUGCCCGAUAUCGAAAGGAAGGCUAGAAAGUAGAGGUUUAAACAGAAAAAUGGACCCCAAGAAAGCUGCUGAUUUUGCAGGGCGACUAAAAAAAGCUGGCCCACGAGGAAUUGGUGCUGGAUUAGGAAUAUUUGCUCUUGCAUCUGGAAUUUAUGGAGUCACACAGUCAGUUUACACCGUUGAGGGUGGUCAUAGAGCUAUCAUCUUUAGCAGACUUUCAGGAAUCAAGCCAGAUAUCUAUGUUGAAGGGCUUCAUUUCAAGGUGCCAUGGUUCCAGUACCCCAUUAUCUACGAUAUUAGGUCCCGACCAAGGAGGAUUACUUCUCCCACUGGAAGCAAAGAUCUUCAGAUGGUGAACAUUUCCUUGAGAGUGCUGUCGCGGCCCAAUGCUAUCGCCUUGCCUCACAUCUACAGACAGCUGGGCACAGACUUUGACGAGAGAGUACUUCCCUCAAUCUGCAAUGAGGUUUUGAAAAGUGUUGUGGCCAAAUUCAACGCUUCUCAGUUGAUCACCCAGCGUCAGCAGGUGUCCUUGUUGAUCCGUCGUGAGCUGACGCAGAGAGCCAAAGACUUCCACAUUAUUCUCGACGAUGUCUCCAUCACAGAGCUCAGCUUUGGCAAAGAGUACACCUCUGCAGUCGAGUCCAAGCAGGUUGCCCAACAAGACGCCCAGAGAGCCCAAUUCUUGGUGGAAAAGGCCAUCCAGGAGAAGCAGCAGAAGGUGGUGCAAGCUGAAGGAGAGGCAGAAUCUGCUAGACUCAUCGGCGAGGCCAUGAACCAGAACCCGGGCUACUUGAAGCUGAGAAAGAUCCGAGCAGCCCAAAAUAUUGCUCGUACGAUUGCCCAGUCACAGAACAGAGUGUACUUGAACGCUUCGUCUCUCAUGUUGAACAUCGGAGAGGACACGUUUGACCAAGCUGCAGAAGCUCUAGUGGGCAAAAAGAAGAAGUAAAUGCUGAAGGGGGGGAACUGUUCUCCCAGGGAAAGCUGCAAGUCGGGGAUAGGGAACCCUGAGCGUUAAGGCAUUGUAAGAAGCCAACUGUUCCCGAUGGCUUGUGUAACAAUUACUUUUUUUUUGUAUCAUGUAUUUUCUUAGAGCUUUUUUCAAAACAUAGUUUGUAAAGGAGGGAGUUUGUAUUCUGCCUGUCGACGGGAUUGUUCUCUGCAUUGAAUUCUUCUAUUGUCAGUUUUUGGUUGACCAACAGUAUUGUUCCCUUGGAACCUGUUGAGAAUCAUGAGAACUUCAGAUUGUCUAAGUGUUCAACUUCACUCACAUUUUUUUCUUUGUUUUCAUAUUAUUUGAUUAGGAGAGGACAUUAAUGUAGAGUAUCUUGGGAACUGGGUGUUCAAUGAUUUUGGGCACACCCUCACUCUGAAAUCACAUAUUAUAGUAACAGAAGAUCCAUUUGUUUUUCAUGUGCAUAUGCAGAAAACUGUCACUUUAAGGUUUGAAUGGCUUGAGAAUAUCAUCCUGUUUUUUUCACAAGUGGUGAGUACCUCUAUGUAGUUGCCAAUUAUCAAUUGAAGAUUAAAAAAAUUAGUUUUUGUUAUCUGUUUUCAUGUACUGCUGUGAGAUCUUUCAAGUGUAUUUGUUCAUUGGUGAUAGCAGAAGUUUUGCGUGUGAAAGGAAUAAAUCAUUUUCAGAAAAAAA